AUGAAUAAAGUCAUGGAAGUAUACAGACCUGAUGUGAUAGUUUUUUAGACUGGAGCUGAUAGUCUUGCGAAUGAUAAAAUUGGGCAUUUUAAUCUUUCAAUAGUUGGACACGGGGAAUGUCUUAAAUAUAUGAUGGGAUUUGGAGUUCCUAUGGUUGUUUUAGGGGGUGGAGGUUAUACUAUAUAAAAUGUUAGCCGUUGUUGGGCUUUUGAAACUGGUUUAAUGGUACAUAAAAAAUUAGAAGGACCUAUUCCCGUAGAUGACCCUUUUUUUCAUUUAUAUGAAAAAUAGACUAGCUUACAUGUACCGAUUUUACAAGUUGAAAAUAAAAACUCUAAAGAAGAGUUAAAUAAAAUCUAAGAAGAAAUAUUUAAAUAAUUAAAAGAAUGUGAAUGUUCGCCUAAUGUUUAAUUUAAUAAUGUACCUAAAACAUUCGUUUAUGAUGAUGAUGAUUAUAUGGAAGAAUGUGAAGAGGACGUAAAUCAUGAUUUUUAAAUUAGUUAAAAUUAAGAAGCUUUUGCUUAGUAUAUUAAUGGAUAUAUGACUAGUGAGAGAUAACUAGAUGUUAGAAAAAGCCCACUUUUAAUAUAGAAAAGAGAAAGAAACAAUUUUAUAUGA